AUGGAAAGCGAAGCUAAGGGAAAGACAGCAGUGUCGUUCUUUGUCCCGCUCGUUGCACCGAUGAUCGAGAGCACGUCGCACGCAGCGCUUGUAGAAUGGAAGAGGCGACGCAAGGAGUAUGAGCAGGAAGUGGCCAUCCGCUGCUGUCACGACCCCGAGCAAAUUGCCGCCAUGACGACGGACAUCUGCAGCUCGUUCGAGCCGAGCUUGCUGGAGGUUCUGUGCGACUUGGAAUGGGGAAUUGACAAGGCAGACCUGACGAAUGAGCUCCUUCUGGGCAAAAUUGACGCGAUCCUGGCGACAGUGAAGAAUAACACCGUGCCAAAUGUGGCGGUUGAGUUCAAGGCUGCUGUCCGGAUAAAUCUGCAGGAGACCGAUGUCCGUGAGCGAGUCGUACAGUUUUUCAGGUCUAGCCGCCAGGUGAUUGAAGAACACGGCUGGAGCGAAUUCUUUAUUGACCAAGAGGGUCAGAAGUUGAAGUGCAAAUUGCUAGUCGCAUCUCUUGAGCCGCAGACACUGCGGGAAGAGAUAGAGUCAAUUCUGGCAUAUCAGAAUCGCGUAGCGCGUAGUGACGAAAAAGUACUUUUCAAGAUCAUCUUGGAGAAAGCACUUGAGCACGAAAGAGACUUUCAACGUCGCAAACGGCAGCGAAAUUCGGCCCGAGUUGGUGAGAAGGCUGAUAAUGCACGUGGGUCAAGUCGACCGAAGAAGAAAUUCAAGACGAAGGAAAGUGAAGAACCUGAUAAAGGUCACGGAUCUUGGAAGACGUAG